CCAACUCGCGCUCCCCUCGACGCGACAACAGGCGUGAGUCAACUCGGCUUGUCAGUCGGUGGCCCCGACAACAAGUGGCCUCCUCUCGACGCUUCACGGCCACGCUCGCCGCAUUGCCGAUGCUCAUGUCACGAGCAGGCCGGCCGGUCGCCACAGUCGCCACGGUCGCCGAAAUCGUCGCGGUCGCCAGGCUCACCCACUCCUCGUUGCUCGCCACCACGACCACUCGCUGACGUGGAUCGACGCUCCUCCGAGUCGGCCCUCCCUGUCGUCUGGAGAAGCCCCGGCAACAACGCGAACAUUACCACCACCACCGCCACCACUACAGCAACCAACAGCAUCGACAACAUCAUUAACAACAACAACAACACCUUCGUCGAGACGCCCUGUCGUCUGUUCGAUGGAGGCCAGUCUGCACUCGCCAGCCUGCGCUCCAGCCAGGCCGAAGCCAGCAACGCGGUGCUCAACGACCGACAGCUCAAGUUGGUCAAUCACAGCCCGACGCUCUGUCCGACUGUCUCUGGCUGUGGCGGCCGGACGACUGGUUCAGCCAAAUCCUCCUCUCGUGGCCACGCACCGAGACUCUUCCCACCCUCAUCCUCCUCCAUCAGCCCUCCACCCCCUUCUCUUCCCCCCUCCGCACUCCUCUUCCCAACCACCUGCUCCUCUUCUCCUCCCCCUUCAUGCUCCUCAUGCGCCCCCUGCUCAUCUUCCAUCCUCUCUUUAUCAAAUCUUCCACCCUCCUCCUCCUUCUCCUCUUCCUCAUCAUCAUCAUCAUCUUCUUCUUCUUCAUCUUCCUCUUUGUCGUCGUCGUCGUCGUCGUCGUCGUCAUCGGCUAGCCUCGGCUUUUCCGACACCCACCCUCGGGGCUCUUUAGGGCCGCCCGUAAUGCGACGACGAAGCGCAUCUCCAGGCCUGGCUGACCCGGGGCCACUUGUCGCCUUGGGUCUGGGCUCCAGUCCCAGUCCUGGUCCGAGUCCCAGUCCCAGUCUCAGUCUCAGUCCCAGUCCCAGCCCCGGUCCCGGUUCCGUUCGGCUCUGGUGCAUCAUCAUCGGCACGCCAUCAACAUGCAACGUCUGUCGCACCAGUUGCGGCUGCACCGACGCACCGUCGGCCUUGCAACCAACGCCUGUCCGACCGGACGACCCGGCCUGCUGGGACCGAACGAAGAGCGGGCUCGAGAGCGCCAUGGGGCCCAGGCAACACCACACUUUUUGCUCUCCUUACAACCGCCUCUUCCGCCGCCUCCACCGCCUCCACCUCCUCCACCUCCUCCGCCGCCUCCACCUCCAUGCUUUCCGCUAA